GAUUAUUUCAAAACAUUUUUGUCUGUUGAUUCUUUCAAAUUUACUGGUGGUCAAUUGUGCAAAAACUGCAUAUAUGCAGGUGCACAAGGCACAAGUGUGUUUAAAAAAAUAAGGAAAUAAUUGUUUAUGCUGAUCUAAAAGAUUUAAAAAUUGGAAAUCAACAAAGUAAAAUUUUAAAAAUGAACAUUCAGCAGGAUAGCAAAUUGAGUAACACAAGACAGCAUUUUUAAUCUUAACUCGCAACAGUUUUUCUUCAGCAUUCUCUUGAGCCGGUGGUGCUAUUAAAGAUUGCGUAAAAUAUUUUUAAAUAAAUUUGUUUCUUUUUAAAUCUUUCUUGACUUAAUCCUAAGUCUAAAUUUACAAAUUAUGAAGACAGAUGAGGAAAAUAAUCGUAAUUCAGGAAUUAAAGAAUUUCAUACAUAUAAUCAAGCACUAGAAUUGACAGGUUUAGGAAAAUUUCAUUAUUUUCUCUUGCUAACAUGCGGAUUAUGUUUAAUGAGCGUCAUCGUAGAGACAUUGAAUAUUGGGUUUAUUAUACCGUUAAUUGACUUCGAAUGCGAUUUGAAGUUGACAUUGGCAGAUAAGGGAAUUUUGUCGGCGUCAGCUUUUGCAGGAGUUGUCAGCAGUUCAUAUUUUUGGGGCUUCUUCGCUGAUGUAACUGGGAGACAUAAAGUCAUGUUAAUCUGCUCAAUUUGUUCCUUCAUAUUUUCAUUUUUAUCGAGCUUUUCUAUUAAUGUUUGGAUGUUGAUUAUUACAAGGUUUUUGGUAGGAUUUUUCGUCUCCGGAUUGGCUGCAAAUACCUAUGCUUAUUUGGGUGAAUUUCAUUGUGACAAAACUCGAGCAAAGCAUUUAAAUUUUUGUGGAGUAUUUAUGGCACUUGCUUUGACAUUUUGUCCAGCAAUAGGAUGGAUGAUAUUGAGAUUCCGUCAUCCAGGAUCAUCAUCUAUUCAUCUAGAGCUCAUUGGAGUUCAUUACUCAUUCUGGAGACUUUUCUUGGUGAUUUGCUCAAUACUUCCAUUUAUUAUGUCAAUUUUCCUUUGGUUCCUUCCCGAAUCACCAAAAUUCUUACUUCUUCAAAAGAAGCAUGAUCAAGUUUUGAAAAUACUACAUGCAAUCUACAGUACCAACACUCGUACACAUAUUUAUCCUGUAUCAAAAAUUGAAACCGAUGAACAGCUUCUUGGCUCACAAAGAGAAGGAAGGAACUUCCUCAAACAACUUUGGAUACAAACAAUUCCACUUUUUAAAGCUCCUUUUUACAAAAGUACCAUAAAACUCUCUUUUGUCAUGUUCUGUUUGUUUGCUGGAUCAUCAGGGUUCUUCCUUUGGACACCAGACAUAUUGAAUCAAAUGAUUGAAUAUCCAAAUCACACAGUCUGUGAGAUUGUUGACUUUGUAGUCGGAAAACGACAAAACUCAACUGCAGGUUCAUGUUCCUCCUCAGUAUCUAUUAAUGAGGGUAUUUAUGAGAUAACAUUUAUGAUGGGUCUCUUCUUCUCGAUUGUUUACUUCUUCAAUGGAUUAGUAAUUAAUAAGUUUGGAAAGAAGAAUUUACUAGCCACGUGGUUCAUACUUUCUGGUCUAUCAUCAAUUCUUGUGCCUUUCAACAAAAAUUAUUAUGUUAUUCUCUUCCUACUUUUGAUAUUUUUAACUUGUGGAUGCUGUGGAAGUAUCACAAGCGCCUGUAUAGUUGAUAUUUAUCCAACAAAUAUUAGAGCAAUAUCUCUUUGCAUCAUUCUGAUCAUCGGAAGGCUCGGUGCUAUUGCUGGAUCAGUUUUUGUGUCAUUUAUGAUUGCAACAUCUUGCACAGCUAUGUUUCAAAUAUUUGGAGCAAUGUUAAUCAUAUCAGCAUUAAUUUCUUGCAUAUUGCCUGACUAAAUCCCGUGUAAAUAAAAGAAGUAAAUUUAUUUUUAUAAAUGCAAUUGUUUAUGAUGUUAUUUAAGGUAUUAAAGAUGUUUGCGUUUCUCUUUAUUGCUGAGCAAACUUAAAUUAAUCAAUCUAUCAUAGUAAAAUGUCAAGAUAAACA